AUGAGUGAAGUGGUGCCUACUAUCAGCCAUUUGGUAAGACUGUCCGAUGCGCAUUGUCACGUGAAACUCGUCGCAUCACGACUUAGCGGACUCACUUUGUCUGAUAGCGGCAGAGAGAUCGCUAAGGGUGCUACCGAUAUAAAAUCGAGUCAAUUUGAGGAUGAAAAAGGGAGGACAACCGAAAGGCGUCGGCUGAAGCUUCGACGUGCUGUGUUGUGUGGGAUGCAUCCAAAGAUUGAUUGGACGAUAAUAAAGCAGUUAGCGGAAUCAUCCUCCGAUCUCAGGGUUUCAUCGGCCGCGCAGUGCGAAAAUCACUCGAACGGGGAUUUAUUUUGCGAAGGCUGCAGGAUGACCAACGACAGGGCUGUGACAAACAUCAUUGUGGGGUUUGGGGUUCAUCCGUGGUAUGUUCCCGAAGUGGGAAGUAAGGAGGAGAGUUGUGAGGGGAAAGGUCAAGAUGUAAGCCCACGAAGCGCCGAGACGAUGAUGCAUGGUGUUAACCCUGUUUCUCAAGUUACGGUCUCCCAACCGCAAUCACAUCUUAGUUGUCCCCUUUCUCUUAUUCUAGAGGAGCUCGAACAGCUUCUAUCUGCCUUUCCGAAGGCAAUUGUUGGUGAGAUAGGAAUCGACAAGUUACGUGGCCCUUGUACAUCGACUCAAGUGGUUGCUUUUUUGGCGCAGAUGGAACUAGCAGCGAAGUAUCAUCGUCCCGUAUCCGUUCAUUGUGUGCGUCACCAUGGUCUUUUACUACAGUUGCUACAGGAGUUACCCGCAGAGCACACUCCUCCUGCUAUCAUUCUUCAUGGCUUUACGGGCUCGUCCAGUAUCGCGCAAUCGCUUCUGAGGCUCAAACCUAAAAAGUUUACUAAAGGAUCGAAUACGAAGAAUUUGAGAAUUGCUGAUCGUAUAUUUUUUAGUAUCGGCAGCAAAACUACUGGGUCACUCAAGGACUUUGUUGAGCGGACCCUGCCGCUAUUGUGUAGUCCUAAGAAGCGUAUAUUAUUUGAGAGUGAUUUGCAAUAUCAGAUUUGUACGCACAGUUCGCUUUCAACUCAAACCCGGGAGGGGGAUGCGCACGGCUGUGAGCUACAGUCACCUUUGCUGCCUCAUUCUUUAGACGUGGCUAACUCAGCGAGUAUUUUUGAUUCUCUUGAGGAAAUAUUAGAUUCAAUCUCCACUUCGUUGGUGUCGACUGAUCUCAAAGAUUGUCAAAAUGAUGCAACGAAUCCGGCGGUCGAUGAGGAGGUUGUGGAUCUCUUUGAGGAUGUCUUUGACAUUGCUUUUGCAACAGUUUUAUAA